GAACUCGGUGUCCUGGGAGCCGGAGAUGUUCAAGGUGAUCGCGAAGCCUUUGAUGUUCGUGCCGAUUGUUGUCUUCGUCCUGGUGCUGCCGCUCGUCCCCGGGACGACGCUGGCGCUGAUCGUGCAGACUACGCCGUUCGCGGAUUUGCCGAGGACCGUGAGGCUGCUGGACCGCAAGCUGUUUGUGCAACUCCCCGAGGUGGUGGUUUUCUUCCUGAUGCCGCCGCUCGUCAUCAGGAUAUGUUUGGAGCUGCCGCUGCGGAUCCUGAAGUUCAUGUGGAUGCUGGUGCUCAAGUUUGUGACGGCGCGUCCGACGUUUCUCGAGGGGUUCCUGGUGUUCUUCUCGUGCUGGGUGGCGUGGAAAAUCAUGGAGUCUCUGGAGCCCCCUAUCCACGCCUUGCUGAUGGAGAUCCGAGUUAUUCUCUCCUCGCGCAUGGUGAGAUUGAAGCUCAAAGCGUUCCUGGUGUCCUCGCUCGUCAUCCUGAAGAUGGAGUUUCUGGCGUUUGUGACGCUUCACAGCAUCAUCUUGACGACGAGCGAGGUGAAGGUCCUGGUGUUUGCUUCCCCGAUCGUGCUGAUCCUUUUGCUGUUCAGGCAGACCUUCCUGGUGAUGUUCGCGGAGGCCGUGCUGGUCUCCCCGACGCUCGCGAGGAUCUUCUUCACGAUCAAGGUGGCGCGGAAGAUCAUGAUGUACCUGGAGCCUCCUGUCCACGGCUCGCGGAUGGAGAUCCUGGUUGUUCCCUCCUCGGUCAUGGUGAUAGUGAAGCUCACAGCGUUCCUGGCGAAGGUCCUGGUGUUUGUCAUCCCGAUCGUGCUGAUCCUUUCGAUGUUCAGGCAGACCUUCCUGGCAAUGUUCGCGGAGGCCGUGCUGGUCUACCCGAUGCUCGCGAGGAUAUUCUUCAGAGCGCUCUUCAGCUACGUGGCACAGCAGCCUGGGUCCGAGGCCAUGGAGGGUGAUAUCAUCACGUGGUACGCGGAACGGAUUGAGGAUAGCAUCCAGACGUUGGCCCAGUUCCUUGAGGUGCAGUAUGCCAUCCAGGAUGCGAUCCACCAGAUGAUCUUUGGCGGCUGGUUCGUGGUUGCCAGGCAGUCAGGCGACGCUCUGAAGCCCGAGCGGCGCGUGCUGAGGGCCGCGGUCCCGGCGCGCUGA